AUGUCAUUGAAUGAUAUUAUUAAUCAUGAUGAUGAUAACGAAAGAAAAGAGGUCCCUUCAACAUCCACAGUAGAAAGCAAAGAACACGGACAAAAUAGUGAAAACGAAAAAAUGGAUACUAAUUCAGAAGGAAAUAUCACUAUUAAGGAGUCACCAGUUGGUACUAAUAACACUCUUAAUAAGAAACCAAUAUCUGAGAAGGAUGAUGAAACCGAUACUGACGAGGAAUUGGGUGAGAUCGUUUUUGAUAAAUUCCAAUUUGAUUAUGAUAAGCAAGAGGAUAAAAAAGUUGAAGACAAUGAAACAUUGUCUGAUGCUAAUGAGGAAAAAGAAACUAACAAUAAUAAUAAAGACAAUAUAGAAAAUGAAAAUAAGACUGGUGAUGAAAUUGUGACACUGACAAACAGCUCAAAAAAGAGAAAUUCUACGGAUACUAAGGAAGAGGAACUUUUGAAGUUGAAUAGUAAGAAAAGUAAACUUUCACAGGACAAAAGACCAGAGGCGACCCAAACCGAAGAUAAUGCUAAUAUCAUUGUCUCCUCUAUAUCUGAAAACAUUCUGCCACCUGAUGCAAAAUUGCAAUCUGAAAACAAAAAUGAAACACUGGAUACUGAUAUUAAUAGUACUAAGUCACAUGCCCCCAAAACCGAUGACAAAGUUGAAGCUGUCCUUAGCAAAGAUGAAAAACAUAAUAAGCAACAGAGUAAAAAUAAAAUUGAAAAUGACUUAAAAAUUUUAAAUGAAUUAGCAUCUUCUGCUAAACCUAUUAGGUACUCUAAAGCUCCAAUCUGGGCUACUAAAUGGCAACCAACAGUAAAAGUAUUGAGUGGUAGAGUAAAUGCUGACCAUGCUCCUAAUAAGAACGCUGAUGGUCUUAAUGAUAUUACCACUUUUCAUUUGGACGAUUCUUUUAUCAACACAAUUCCUGAUGACGAUUUGACCAAGACUGUUCAGGAAUGGAUCUAUGCCACAUUGGUUGGUAUACCCAAAGAAGAACACCAGUUUUUGGAAUUAGAAAUGAAAUUUGGAAUUAUAACUUCUGACAACGAUAUCGACAGAAUUUCUCUUCCUGUCUCAACACAGGCAGUGUAUUCUGAAAUUGAUGGUCGUUUAACCCCAAAUAUUAAUGCCAAAUGUUUUGAAGAGUUAAACAAAUACAUUAAAGGUUUGAGUGAUAUGGGUGAAAAUAUUGGAAAAUUUAAUGUUUUGGAAAGUAUGACUUCAGAUUCAUUAUACAGAGUUGGUGAUGUAUCACAUCACCAAAGACCUAGAUUUUUGAGAUUAACAAGAGAUGUAGAAACAGGCAGAGCUGCCCAAUUUAUCGAAAAAAAAAGUAUCUCUCACUUAUUGAUUUAUUCUCCUAAGGACACGUAUGAUGUUAAACUAUCCAUGAAUUUGGAAUUGCCUUUAAACCCUAAAGAUGAGCCACCUGAGAAAUAUGAACACGAACAACCGAUACAUGUAAGACAUAAGAAAAGAAUGAGUUAUAUACAUAAUGAUUCUGUAACUAGAUUCGACCUAACACAAGUUAUUUCUGGUGCUGGUGGAUCUAGGGAAAAGAAGAGGAAAGAGGAAACUUCUGAAACUUUUGAAGUUGAAUUGGAAAUAAAUACACCAAUUUUGAUUCAAACGUUUAAUGCAAUUGAACAAGACUCUACUAAGUAUGCUUCUGUAGUAAGAACAUUUUUAAACAACGGUACAGUUAUUAGAAGAAAAUUAAGUAGUUUAUCAUACGAAAUAUUUGAAGGACAGAAAAAGUUUUAA